CGUGCUGACGAAAGAGUCGUGGGUGAGAGCGUUCUUGCGGUGGCGGUCCAGAGAGUAACCGUCAUAGGGCUUCGCACCUCGACUGCCGUUGGUGGUUUCUCUCUCUCUCUCUCUCUCUCUCUCUCUCUCUCUCUCUCUCUCUUUAAUCUUCCUUAAAGGCAGUGCGUUGCGUGUUCCGGCUGUCUGUACUAAGCUGCGCCAAGCAAAGCAUUUGUUCUCAAAAUGUCAACUAUCAAGGAGAAGCUUAUUGAGAAUCUAAUUGGGGAAGAUAAAAUCUCCCAGAGUAAGAUCACCAUUGUUGGAACUGGUGCUGUAGGCAUGGCUUGUGCUAUUUGUAUCUUAUUGAAGGAUUUGGCCGAUGAACUCACCCUCGUUGAUGUCGCAGUGGACAAAUUGAAGGGAGAAAUGAUGGAUCUUCAGCAUGGCAGUCUUUUCUUUAAUACUUCAAAGAUUACCUCUGGAAAAGAUUACAUAGUAUCUGCAAACUCCAAAUUAGUUAUUGUCACAGCAGGUGCACGCCAACAGGAGGGAGAAAGUCGCCUUGCCCUGGUGCAACGUAAUGUGAACAUCAUGAAAUCAAUCAUUCCUACCAUAGUCCAACAUAGUCCCGACUGCAAGAUGCUUAUUGUUUCAAAUCCAGUGGAUAUUUUGACGUAUGUGGUCUGGAAGCUAAGUGGCUUACCUGCAACUCGUGUAAUUGGCAGUGGUUGCAAUCUAGACUCUGCUCGUUUCCGUUACCUAAUUGGAGAGAAGUUGGGUGUCCAUCCCACAAGCUGCCAUGGUUGGAUUAUUGGAGAACAUGGUGAUUCUAGUGUGCCCUUAUGGAGUGGGGUGAAUGUUGCUGGUGUUGCUCUGAAGACUCUAGACCCUAAAUUAGGAACGGAUUCAGACAAAGACCAGUGGAAAAAUAUCCACAAACAAGUUGUUGAAAGUGCCUAUGAUAUUAUCAAGCUGAAAGGGUAUACCUCUUGGGCUAUUGGACUGUCAGUGACAGAUCUGGCAGGGUCAAUUUUGAAAAAUCUUAGGAGAGUGCAUCCAGUUUCUACUAUGGUUAAGGGCUUAUAUGGAAUAAAUGAAGAAAUCUUUCUCAGUAUCCCUUGUGUCCUGGGGCGAAAUGGUGUCUCAGAUAUUGUGAAAGUUAACUUGAAUUCGGAGGAGGAGGCCCUUUUUAAGAAGAGUGCAGACACACUCUGGAAUGUCCAAAAAGAGCUGAUGUUUUAAAGCCUCUUCAUAUUCCACUGUUUUAUAGAAGAAGAAGAUAUCAGACUGUAUAUUUUACAUUUUGAAAGUAUUUUAAUCUGAUCUGUAAAAAAUAAAAAUACAUUGGAGACCCAUGACAUAACUUCAGUCCCGCAAGGCCCGGAAAAUGAAAUGGUAAAGGGAUUUCUUCUCUCUGAAUCUCUUAUAGCUCUGUUCUAAUGAUACCCAACCUGUACAGGUGCAAGUUAUACUUCUGAGGUACGUCAUACGUAAGAGUUGCCUUCAAGGUAGUAGAGUAUGUAUAACAACCCAUUAUAAUAUAAACCAUGAUUUUUCUCACAAAACAACCAGCACUUUCUCUAGUGUUAAAAUUUCAUUCUUCUGUUAGGACACAGGAAUAUUUACUUCAUAUUGCU